CGGCGGCGGCGGCGGCGGCGGCGAAAGCGGCCGCCCGGCCCCCUGCGGCCUUUUGGCUGCCUGGGCCGGGAAGGCCGCCGCGGAGUCAGCACGGCGGCGCGGCUGGACUGACAGAAGCGUCCUAGGAUCUUGGGUGUUUGGACAGAAGAGUUAUCUUCACCUGUUGUGUGAAGCACAGCACCUUCCAGGUCACUGUAGAAAUGGACAAAGAAGAAAGGAAGACUAUCAACAAGGGUCAAGAAGAUGAAAUGGAGAUACAUGGCUAUAACUUAUGCCGCUGGAAGCUUGUCAUGGUUUCUAUAGGGGUGAUUUGUACUGGUGGUUUUCUCCUCCUCCUCCUCUACUGGAUGCCUGAGUGGCGAGUAAAAGCCACAUGUAUUAGAGCUGCAGUGAAGGACUGUGAAGUGGUGCUGCUCAGGACUACUGACGAAUUUAAAAUGUGGUUUUGUGCAAAAAUUCGCUUUCUUCAUCUGGAAAAUCAACCAGAUUUUAAUGCAAAAUCUUUAGUUAAUAAGGUUUCUAAUGGCCAUGCUGUUCAUUUAACUGAGAAUCUGACUGAAGAAGAUAGAUGUGAGAUAAAUAAAUACUCACAGACUCAGUUACAACAGAUGCGAUAUUUCACCCACCAUAGCGUAAAAUAUUUCUGGAAUGAUACCAUUCACAAUUUUGAUUUCUUAAAGGGACUGGAUGAAGGUGUUUCUUGUACAUCCAUUUAUGAAAAGCAUAGUGCAGGACUGACAAAGGGGAUGCAUGCCUACAGAAAGUUGCUUUAUGGAGUAAAUGAAAUUGCUGUGAAAGUGCCUUCUGUUUUUAAGCUUCUAAUUAAAGAGGUUCUCAACCCAUUUUACAUUUUCCAGCUGUUCAGUGUUACCUUGUGGAGCAUUGAUGAAUAUUAUUACUAUGCUCUAGCCAUUGUGAUUAUGUCCAUAGUAUCCAUUAUAAGCUCACUGUAUUCCAUUAGAAAGCAAUAUGUUAUGUUACAUGACAUGGUGGCAACUCAUAGUACCGUGAGAGUUUCAGUUUGUAGAGUAAAUGAAGAAAUAGAAGAAAUCUUUUCUACAGACCUUGUGCCGGGAGAUGUCAUGAUCAUUCCAUUAAAUGGGACAGUCAUGCCUUGUGAUGCAGUACUUAUUAAUGGUACUUGCAUUGUAAAUGAAAGCAUGUUAACAGGGGAAAGUGUUCCAGUGACAAAGACUAACUUGCCAAAUCCUUCAGUGGAUGUAAAAGGAACUGGGGAGGAGUAUUACAGUCCAGAGACACAUAAACGACACACUCUGUUUUGUGGGACAACUGUUAUUCAGACCCGUUUCUACACUGGAGAACUUGUGAAAGCCAUAGUAGUUAGAACAGGAUUUAGUACUUCCAAAGGACAGCUUGUUCGUUCUAUACUCUAUCCCAAGCCAACUGAUUUUAAACUCUAUAGAGAUGCCUACUUGUUUCUGCUGUGUCUUGUGGUGGUGGCUGGCAUUGGGUUUAUUUACACAAUCAUCAACAGCAUUUUAAAUAAGAAAGAAGUUCAGGAAAUAAUUAUUAAGUCUCUUGAUAUAAUUACAAUUACUGUACCACCUGCACUUCCUGCUGCAAUGACUGCUGGAAUUGUAUAUGCUCAGAGAAGACUGAAAAAAGUUGGGAUUUUCUGUAUCAGUCCCCAAAGGAUAAAUAUCUGUGGACAGCUGAAUCUUGUUUGCUUUGACAAGACUGGAACUCUUACUGAAGAUGGUUUAGAUCUGUGGGGAAUUCAGCGAGUGGAAAAUACCCGAUUUCUUUCGCCAGAAGACAAUGUUUGCAGUGAGAUGUUGGUAAAAUCUCAAUUUGUUGCUUGCAUGGCUACUUGUCAUUCACUUACAAAAAUUGAAGGCAUUCUUUCUGGUGAUCCACUUGAUUUGAAAAUGUUUGAAGCCAUUGGAUGGAUUUUGGAAGAAGCAACUGAAGAAGAAACAGCACUUCAUAACCGGAUUAUGCCCACUGUGGUUCGUCCUUCCAAACAGCUGCUUCCUGAAUCCACAGCUGCAGGAAACCAAGAAAUGGAGCUGUUUGAACUUCCAGCUAUUUAUGAGAUAGGAAUUGUUCGACAGUUCCCAUUUUCUUCUGCUUUACAACGGAUGAGUGUGGUUGCAAGGGUACUAGGUGACAAGAAAAUGGAUGCCUACAUGAAAGGAGCCCCUGAGGUCAUUGCCAGUCUUUGUAAACCUGAAACAGUUCCAGUUGAUUUUGAGAAAGUUUUAGAAGAUUAUACCAAACAAGGCUUCCGUGUAAUUGCUCUUGCACAUAGAAAAUUGGAGUCAAAACUGACAUGGCAUAAAGUACAGCAUAUUAGUAGAGAUGCCAUUGAAAACAACAUGGAUUUUAUGGGAUUGAUUAUAAUGCAGAACAAAUUAAAGCAGGAAACCCCUGCAGUACUUGAAGAUUUGCACAAAGCCAACAUUCGAACUGUCAUGGUCACAGGUGACAACAUGUUGACGGCUGUCUCUGUAGCCAGAGACUGUGGAAUGAUUCUACCUCAGGAUAAAGUUAUUAUUGCUGAAGCAUUACCUCCAAAGGAUGGGAAAGUUGCCAAGAUCACUUGGCAUUAUGCAGACUCCCUGACACAGUGUAAUGAACCAUCAGCAAUUGACUCAGAGGCUAUUCCAAUUAAACUUGCCCAUGAUAGUUUAGAAGAUCUUCAGUCUACUCGAUAUCAUUUUGCAAUGAAUGGAAAGUCAUUUUCAGUGAUACUGGAACAUUUUCAAGAUCUUGUUCCUAAGUUGAUGUUACAUGGCACUGUGUUUGCUAGAAUGGCACCAGAUCAGAAGACCCAAUUGGUAGAAGCAUUGCAGAAUGUGGAUUACUUUGUUGGGAUGUGCGGUGAUGGUGCAAAUGAUUGUGGCGCUUUGAAGAGGGCCCAUGGUGGUAUUUCCUUGUCUGAGCUUGAAGCUUCCGUGGCAUCUCCUUUUACUUCUAAAACACCUAGUAUUUCCUGCGUGCCAAACCUAAUCAGGGAAGGCCGUGCUGCUUUAAUGACAUCUUUCUGUGUGUUUAAAUUUAUGGCCUUAUACAGCAUCAUACAAUACUUCAGUGUUACUCUUCUGUAUUCUAUCUUGAGUAACCUGGGAGACUUUCAGUUUCUCUUCAUCGAUCUGGCAAUCAUUUUGGUAGUGGUAUUUACAAUGAGCUUAAAUCCUGCCUGGAAAGAACUUGUGGCACAGAGACCACCUUCGGGCCUUAUAUCUGGGGCACUCCUCUUCUCCGUCUUGUCUCAGAUCAUCAUCAGCAUUGGAUUUCAGUCGCUGGGUUUUUUCUGGGUCAAGCAGUAUAAAGUGUGUGAUCCAUACUCUGAUGUUUGUAAUACCACAAGAAGCGCAUGUUGGAACUCGUCACAUUUGUACAAUGGAACUGAACUUGAUACGUGUAAAAUACAAAAUUAUGAAAAUACCACAGUGUUUUUUAUCUCCAGUUUCCAGUACCUCACAGUGGCAGUUGCCUUUUCAAAAGGAAAACCAUUCAGGCAGCCUUGCUACAAGAAUUAUUUUUUUGUUAUAUCUGUGAUUAUUUUGUAUGUUUUCAUAUUAUUCAUCAUGUUGCAUCCAGUUGCCUCUGUUGACCAGGUUCUUGAGAUUGUGUGUGUACCAUACCAGUGGCGUAUACAUAUGCUUAUCAUUGUUCUUAUCAAUGCCUUUGUGUCUAUCACGGUUGAGAGCUUCUUCCUUGACACGGUCCUUUGGAAAGUUGUGUUCAGUCGAGACAGACAAGGAGAGUACCGUUUCACCACCACACAGCCGACACAGGAGUCAGUGGAUCGGUGGGGGAAAUGCUGCUUGUCCUGGGCCCUAAGCUGUAGAAAGAAGACACCAAAAGCUAAAUACAUGUACCUGGCGCAGGAGCUCAAAGUUGAUCCUGAAUGGCCACCUAAACCUCAGACAACGACGGAAGCCAAAACUGUAGUAAAGGAGAAUGGAUCAUGUCAGAUCAGCACCAUAGCAUAGCAGAGACUGCUUCUACUGUGCUAGUGACAGUAUUCAGGAGGGUGUGCUUUUAGGCUUCUGACAGAAUGUCAGAAUGGCACUAUUUCAGUUCAUAGCCCUGUCAUAGUACAGUAGUUAAUUAAAAACAAAAGCAGUAAAAUGGCAUUUGCCUCACAGUUAUUAACUAUCAAUCUGGCUAGAUCUUCAUGCAGUAACCUAAAUGUGAUACACACUUUAUAUUGGGUGUGAGAGAACUGUGUUGGGGUUUUUAGAUUUUAGCUUUUGACACUAGUUUGCCUCUUUAAUUUUCACAACCCCUUAUUAGCAAGUUCCUUUUAUAUAUUUUAGGCCCUAAAAUUGGGAUUGUUAAAAUAAUAUAGCUGUUAAUUGUAAUUAUUCUUUGGUGAAAAUAGGUUUAAAGUCUGUUUAGAUUCCAGUGUUUCUCCCAAAGAAUUCUAUGUUAAACAUAAACCAGUUUCCUUUGACCUGGAGAUAGGAGUGAGUUUGUUUGUUAUUGUUGAUAGAGCAACUCAGGUAAUUUCCAUUUCUGAUUUUCUAUUUUGUAUAGACUGCCUGGGUGUCACUUUCUAGCCAGCAAGGUGCUUCACUGCUGUCUUGAUGUCCUUCAUAAUGUUUGUGGGUCUCACUGUGUCUGAUGUCAGCAGUCUGGUUUGCUUCAUUGAAUGAAGAACCUUUUUAUUAGAAAAUUUUAUUUCUGAGCCAGGUAGUGGUGCAGGCCUGUACUCUUUGCACAGGAGGCUGAGGCAGGAUGACUGUUCUUAGUCCAAGGGUAGUCUAGAGUACAUAGUAGAGCCCUGUCUCAAAAAUACCUAUGUUCAGAAAGAGACAAUUAUUUCUCUUGUUGGUAGAUCUUCAUACCUGUUUGUUUUUCUUUAAGGAUUUAUAUCAUUUUAAGUUCUUUUUCAUUAUCCCUUUUUUUAACCUAAAGGAAUAGGAUAAUACUGUUUUGGUUUUGUGGGGUUUUUUUAUAUUGUUGUUGUUGGGUUUGUUUUGUUUUUGAGUUUGAUCUUAACCUUGGUAUAUGUCUUUCCUUUGGAAAAUGAGGCUUAAAAGAAUAAUGAAUAUUGAGUUUUGGCUUUUACAAAGCAGUGUGAACUUGAGUAGAACUUGCUUUAUGCCAUUAGGUGGCACCAGAGGUCAGCAUAUACCUGUUUUGUUUAAGUGAGCUUGAGAAAAUAUACACAUUUAUUGAGCCAAAAAUGUAGAAAGCAUUUUUCACACUUGUGUUUUAUCUGAUUAAUGUUCAGUUCUCAAGUAACACUUCUAUAAUGCCUCCUAGAUAGGAUAUGGCAGUUUGGCAGUGCCCGCAUUAUGAUAAGCUUGGGAAGCUGGCAUUGCUAUAAAAAUGAACCCUAAAUUUAUUCUGUUUUUCUUAAUGAACCACAUGUGUAUGCUUUCUACUCCUAGUUGAUCAUUACUAUCGCAGUACAUACUUACCAGUUUACCAAAUGUUACCCAGAUUUGUAGAACCAUUUUUUUCUUACUUUUUAUGUUGCAGAGACCUGAAUGAUGUUUGAUAAUUAUAGAGAAAAAAAUGUAAAUUAUUCUCAGGAUCACUGUUACUGCUAUUGUCACUAGUGAUUCCUAUAAAAUACAUAAUCGAAAUUUUCCAACAAAAUGUAUGAUAUUACUAUAUGUUAGAUAAGAACAAUUGUCCCAUGAAUGAUUCUAUGAAGCUAUGCAUCUUAGACCUCUUGAGCUGUGAAUUAGCACUAUUUUCUACAGUUACUUACUCUCUGUUUUAUACUGUCCAUGUUCAUUUCAAAUAAUGCUCAUGCUAUUCUUUAGUGAUUUUUCUGAAUUGUUAAGUCUUAUUCUUUGGUUUAAAUGCUGAAGCAUAUAACUAAUUGCUAACUGCAGCUUAGAAACCCAGUAUCAAUUAUAUUUAACAUCCUCAAGAGAAUGAUCAUAAAAUGCUAUUUUGACACAUAUCCCUUUUAAUAUUUGGUGUUGAUAGAAUACAUAUCUCAUCUGUGCAUAUUGUUUGCAAAGGAACAAGGUUUUAUGUAGGUGAGAGAAAGCAUUUGUAGGAAGUUAGAUUUGAACAUAAACAGGUUAGGUUAUUUCAGUGAGGAUGUUGUUUUGGGGAAUGUCUGUCAACCAGACAUGGGUCCUGCUUAGUGCCGUAGGUAGGUGGACUCUUCUAUAGGUAACCAUCACAUAGAGAUUUGGGUUCUGAAUUUUACAUUAAAUUAUUUGAGUAUAUACAGACCUAAAUUUUAAAAUGUGUACAUAUAUUAUUUUGAUGUAUUAAGAUUGAUAAUAUUGCUGAUUUAAAUUUUAUUUAUGCACAUACUUAAAAGGACAGAAAUGUCCGGGAAAGUAAUUGUUAAAUAAUGAUAUGUAACUUUUUAACUUUUUAAAUAAAUAAGAUUUUUUAACGUGGGUCUCCCUCAGGGUUGUUUAAAGUUGUUUUCCUCCUUCAAAUAUAAAUAAAUAGUGGUAACUGUUUUCUGUCUUCUAGCACCAACUGCUGUAAAGCAAUGCUGCAAAUAGUGAUUGGGUGAGAGUGGCGAAACCAACAACAAUCCAGUACUUUUCUAAGUUUUACAAGCCUGAAAUUCAAAAGCUUUCCAAAUUGCACUCGCAUUUAAGUAAACCCAUUACUGUUUUUUCACUAUUUAUUUUGUUUCCCAUGUUGAUGAAAGUACUGCACAGUUUCAAAGGCAUGGUAAAUAAUGUGUCAUAUAUAUAUAUAUAUAAUACAUAUAUAUAAACCCUGUUCUAAAAUCAGCAAAAGCUCAUAUGCAGUGAGGAGCAGCUUCAGGCUUUAGAGAACAUCUUAUGCAUGCAGUUUUGAUGUGUCUAAGAAAGGGGUUUUCUAUAUUUGUGGUGGGAGGCUACUGGGAACUUUUAACAAGAUAGGGUAUUAACUUUUGUACAGUCUGGGCAUUUACAUGUAUUUUUAAUGUAUUACAAUUUGGUAAUUAUGUGCACCUGAAAUUAAUAAAAGUUCCUGUUAUGAUUUGGGAAUUCCCUAAGACUGUGGAUUUUUUUAAGUAACUUUAUAUAUCAGAAAUGAUACCACAUCUUUAUAUUUUUUAAAUUGUAUUGCUGCUCAAGAAUGGUACCCUGUUGUCAAAAAAAGGUAGAUAUUCGUAAUUGUACAUUCAACAUUGUAAAUAAUCUUAUGAAAUCUUUGAUUGAAGCUAUUCAAAAUAAAGAUUUUAAUGAAUUAAA